UUGGCAGCGUCUAGGAAUGGGCCAGUGUGGAUUGUGUGGAGAAUCGUGUUGACUGGAGUGGGGAUUACGCCGCUGCACCGAGACCACCGAGCGACCGACCAACGGGCUACGCCAGCUACGCUGGCUGGGUCGCUGCUUUCAUCUGUCGAUGUUGUCAAGAGUUCUACUCGUGAACGGGCGAGGCGGUCUGGGCGGUUUUGGGAGACACGCGUUAUCGUUGAGAGACGCCGUUUGUUGAGAUCUCGAUGUGGCGCACGGAUGGCUAGGACAGUUAGCAUAAUCCGCAGUGCACACGCCGUGGGAGGAAGGAGUCGGCCAGUUAUGGCUGCGCUCCGUCUAUGAACCCCCGUGCGAGCCGAGGGUCUUGCAGUUCGUGAGAAACGUUGACGGCGAAAAUGGCGCAGGACAUCGACAUUACCAGCCUGCCCCCCGACGUGCGAGAGAAGCUCGCAGAACUGGAACUGGAGUUGUCUGAAGGUGACAUCACCCAGAAAGGCUAUGAAAAGAAAAGAGGCCGACUCUUGGCUCCAUACCUGCCACCCCAUCCAACAGGCUCUGCUAGUCCUUCCACCCGAGCCAAAAGGAGAGCCCAGCGGCGGCUCACGCGCAACGAGAGCAGGUACCACUCAGAGGUGCGGCAGGAGGCAGUCCAGCAGGCUCUGGCGGCCAUGCAGAACAAGCCGAAACCAUCUCUCCCGAUGCCCUCCAAGAGGACCUCAGCCAUGACCACCUCGCCUUCGAGAGAGCGGCACCCUUCAGACAGCUCGAGUGACGACGACAGCGUCCUGAACGAGGGGAGCACGCCAGAGCGCCGUCCCCUGCCCACGCCGCCGCUGUCGGACACGUCGGGGGCGUCGUCGCCGCGGGAGAUGCGCAACGGCCGGCCUGGCGAUUCGGGCUCCCAGCUGGCCGACGUCAUGCAGAACCUGGCUUCUGGCGACCACGACUCCAACCCUCAGCCGGAUGUGACCAACACGUGUGCGAGUCCCAUGGAGAAUGCCAACCGGUACAAUCAGGCGCACAUGUCUUCGGUGCGGGUCACCCAGCACUCGUCUACGGGCUUCGAGUACAGCACAGGUACGGGCAAGUGGAAGGUGUCUGCCAAGAUCCAGCAGCUCCUCAACACACUGAAGAGGCCCAAGAGGAGGCCGCUGCCCGAGUUCUACGUCGAUGACGAGGCCGACCUGGACUCCAAUCCGACGGACCCCAACGCCCCGCAGCCGGAAGGAGCCACGAUGACCCCCACGGUUGGCGAAAAUUUGGAGGUACCGUCGGGACUUCCGCAGUCUCUGGAGGCGGCCAUCAAGAGGUACGGUUCGGGCACGUUCAAGUUCCCGGCGGCCACGGUGCUGGACACGAGUGGCAAGAUCGGCAGCCCCCUCGCUUACGGAAAGCUGCUGAGCCGGUCCCGCAAGAUUGCAUUUAACCUGCUCACCAAACUGGGCCAGAAAGGCGAAGGGCUGCCCCUGAAACCUGGAGACAGGGUGGCCUUGGUGUACCCCAACAAUGACCCUGUGGCAUUUGUGUGUUCCCUGUACGGCUGUUUCAUGGCUGGCCUGGUCCCUGUACCCAUUGAGGUGCCCUUGACAAGGAGGGACGCCGGCUCGCAGCAGAUCGGCUUCCUGCUGGGCAGUUGCGGCGUCUGCUAUGCGCUCACCUCCGAAGGAUGCUACAAGGGACUCCCCAAGACGGCCACGGGCGAGAUCCACACCUUCAAAGGCUGGCCCAAGCUCCAGUGGUUUGUGACGGAGCAUCUGAGCAAGCCGCCCAAGGACUGGAAUCCCCCCCCAAGGCCCAGCGAUGAAACGGCAGCCUACAUUGAGUAUACCGUCGACCGAGACGGGGCAAUGAAAGGCGUGGCGGUGUCCAGGUCCGCUCUAGUCAAUCACAGCCGAGCCUUGACAGCCGCCUGCAACUACACGGAAGGGGAGGUGAUGGUGUGUGUGCUGGACUACAAACGGGAGAUGGGCCUGUGGCACGGCGUCCUUGCGAGCGUCUUCAACGGGAUGCACGUGAUCUUCAUUCCCUACUCGCUGAUGAAGGUAAACCCGGCGUCGUGGAUGCUCAUGAUCACCAAGUUCAAAGCCAACGUUGCGGUGUGCAAGUCUCGGGACCUGCACUGGGGCCUGCUGGCGACCAAGGACCACAAGGACGUGAACCUGAGCUCGCUCAGGUUGCUACUGGUGGCGGACGGAGCGAACCCAUGGUCGCUGUCAUCGUGCGACCAGUUCAUCAGCGUGUUCCACAGCCGGGGCCUGCAUCCGGACGCGGUGUGCCCCUGCGCAGCGUCUGCUGAAGCGCUGACGGUGGCGGUGCGCCGCCCCGGCCGGGUGGGGGCUGGCGCCAGCGGCCGCGGCGUGCUCUCAAUGGCAGCCCUCAGCUACGGCGUGAUCCGCGUGGACAUGGAGAACAGCCUGACCUCGCUCACCCUCCAGGACUGCGGCCACAUCCUGCCCGGAGCUGUGGCGGCUGUGGUGAAGAUCAAUGAUGCCCCCUACCUGUGCAAGACGGACGAAGUGGGCGAGAUCUGCGUCAGCGCCUCGACGUGCGGCUACUCCUACUGGGGCCUCCACGGCCUGUCAAACAAUGUGUUCAAGAUGCAGCCUCUGCACCCGGACGGCCGCGCGGUGACGGAGCAGGCCUUUGUCCGCUCGGGACUGCUGGGCUUUGUGGGACCGGGGGGCCUGGUGUUCGUCUGCGGCAGCCGGGACGGCCUGAUGCAGGUGAGCAGCCGCAAGCACAACACGGACGACGUGAUCGCCACCGUGCUGGCUGUGGAGCCCAUGAAGUUCAUCUACCGCGGGAGGCAAGUGGAACUUGGGAGGGGGCCAGCAGGGACCCCCCCCGUGAGAUCCCCCUCUGCUCGCAGGAUUGCAGUCUUCUCGGUCAAGGUGCUUCGCGACGAACGCAUCUGCGUGGUGGCUGAGCAGCGGCCCGACUGCACCGAGGAAGAGAGCUUCCAGUGGAUGAGCCGGGUCCUGCAGGCAGUGGACAGCAUCCACCAAGUGGGCAUCUACUGCCUGGCUCUGGUGCCCCCAAACUACCUGCCCAAGACCCCGCUGGGCGGCAUCCACCUGCCCGAGACGAAGCGCCGCUUCCUUGAGGGCAGCCUGCACCCGGCCAACGUGCUACUCUGCCCCCACACCUGUGUCACGAACCUGCCCAAGCCCCGGGAGACCCACCCAGCGGACCUGUCGCAAGAUUCUUCAAAAGUGGGCCCCGCCUCGGUGAUGGUGGGCAACAUGGUGCAAGGGGUGCGGCUGGCGGUGGCUCAGGGCCGCGACAUCGGCAUCAUAGACGAGGAGAGCGACACGGCCCGCAAGUACCAGUUCAUCUCAGAGAUCCUGCGGUGGCGGGCAACGAGCACGGCAGACCACUGCGUGUUCACCCUCCUCAACGCCAAGGGGGGCACGGCCUCGAGCCUGACCUGCUCGCAGCUGCACAAGCGGGCCGAACGGGUGGGUUGCCUGCUGCUGGAGAAGGGCAAGCUGAACACAGGCGACCACGUGGCCCUGGUCUACCCGCCGGGGGUGGACCUGAUCUGCGCCUUUUACGGCUGCCUCUACGUCGGUGUGGUGCCUGUGACGAUCCGGCCGCCCCACCCGCAGAACCUCCAGACGACCCUGCCCACGGUGCGGAUGAUCGUGGACGUGAGCAAGUCGGUGAUGGUGCUCUCGACUGCCCCGGUCACCAAGCUUCUCCGGUCAAAGGAGGCGAGCAACGUGGUGGACGUCAAGUCCUGGCCCCUGGUCCUGGAGACGGACGACCUGCCCAAGAAGAAGCUGGCCAGCAUCUACCGGGCCCCGACCCCCGAGAUGAUAGCGUACCUCGACUUCAGCGUCAGCACCACUGGCAUGCUAGCGGGGAUCAAGGUGUCCCAUGCAGCUGCAACCUCGUUGUGCCGCAGCAUGAAGUUGGCGUGCGAACUGUACCCGUCUCGCCACAUUGCUCUCUGCCUGGACCCCUACUGCGGCCUUGGCUUCGUCCUGUGGUGCCUCAACAGCGUCUAUUCGGGCCACCAUUCGAUCCUGAUCCCCCCGUCGGAGGUGGAGGUGAACCCGGCCAUCUGGCUCACGACGGUGAGCCACUUCAAAGUGCGGGACACCUUCUGCUCGUACGGCGUCAUGGAGCUGUGCACCAAGGGACUGGGCUCGUCCAUCGCGCAGCUCAAGCAGCGCGGCGUGAACCUGAGCUGUGUCCGGACGUGCGUGGUGGUGGCGGAGGAGCGUCCCCGCAUUGCCCUCACCACCUCCUUCUCAAAGCUGUUCUCCGGGCUGGGCCUGUCUCCACGGGCGGUCAGCACCAGCUUCGGCUGCAGGGUCAAUGUGGCCAUCUGCCUCCAGGGGGCGUCGAGCCCGGACCCGAGCCAAGUGUAUGUGGACAUGCGAGCGCUGCGCAACGACCGGGUGACGCUGGUGGAGCGUGGUGCCCCCCACAGCCUGUGCCUGCUGGAGUCCGGGAAGCUGCUCCCGGGAGUCAAGGUGGUCAUUGCCCACCCGGACACCAGGGGCCAGUGCGGGGACUCGCAUCUUGGAGAGAUCUGGGUGCAGUCGGCCCACAAUGCAAGCGGCUACUUCACGGUGUACGGAGACGAGACCCACCCCAAUGACCACUUCAACGCCCGGCUGAUGACCGGUGACACGGGUGGCCUGUAUGCCCGCACUGGCUACCUGGGCUUCUUGCGGCGCACUGAGGCUGCCUCCAGUGACGCCGAGGCGGAUGCAGUACCCACUGGAGAUGGGCCGGAACUUCACGACGCGGUGUUUGUGGUGGGCGCGCUGGACGAGACGAUGCUGCUCCGCGGGAUGCGCUACCACCCCAUCGAUGUGGAGAACAGCGUGCUACGCUGCCACAAGAAGAUCUCCGAAUGUGCGGUGUUCACCUGGACGCACCUGCUGGUGGUGGUGGUGGAGCUGGACGGCCUGGAGAGUGAGGCCCUGGACCUGGUGGCCCUGGUGACGUCUGCGGUGCUGCAGGAGCACCAGCUGGUGGUGGGCGUGGUGGUGGUGGUGGACCCCGGCGUGGUGCCCAUCAACUCGCGCGGCGAGAAGCAGCGCAUGCACCUGCGCGACGGCUUCCUCGCCGACCAGCUCGACCCCAUCUACGUGGCCUACAACAUGUGAAGGCCCUCUCUGGACAGACACGGACGACGCAGAGGGGGUCCAGGCCGCCGUCUAGUGUUUGACUCUGCCCACUCUAUUUAUUGAAUAAUUUUACUAAGCUGGCCCGAUCGAGUGACUGACGCAUACUUGUGCGCAAAGUUUGGACAGAUUAUAAUGCGCUUAUAUUGUUUUUAAAGGUACUUUUUUUUAUGCUUGUACAUUGUUAGAACCAAGUGCGGAUGCAUUCUUUUUAAAUAUGUAAUCGGCUCGAAGAACAGCUUGAUAUUUGCUUUCUCGGUUUAAGCUAAGAAAGGGAGACUUAAGGCUCGGUACAAUCAAUGUUUCUUCAUUUUUUAUUCGUGACGAGAGUCUUGCUUUGAAUUGUAUUACUGCGGGCUUCGAUAGAAGUUUGACGGCUCGAUUAGUUUAAAGCCUGUGGGGGCUCACUGCCAUUGUUUUUCUCCUCGAGGUUAGGGUCCCGUAGCAGUCAUCAGAAAUGAGCAGUUUUGAUUUUCUCGAGUGACGAGCGACUUAGAAUGUGCUUGUUCUAUUCGCGGAUAUUUGGGGGACUAGUGAUUAAGCUCGUAGCCAUCCAGUCGGUGCGAAGCUAUUCACGCAUUGCGAAGUGUCUGCGUAAUUUGUGCAACAUGUGCUGGGACUUGUGCUUUUUCUUUUCACUUUAAAAGCGCCUAGGAAGGAUAGGCCUUUUGCAAACAUCCCACAGAGCUGCGUGCAAAGUCCUGUACCUUGCUCCUUGGCCCCGCAGUGUCUACCAUGCGCCACUAAAGUGAGAGAGGGUGGUGCAGUUGCUUGCCUGCCCUCACCCGCUCACCUGUGCUUCCUCCAGCACAUCGGUCGUUUGCUACAACCGGUUCCGUACAAACCAUUCCCGGAAUUCCUUUCAGCACUACAGGUGGCGCUGCACGUUUUGCAACGGAUCUAUUGAAACAACUAGGGUUUGCCAGAGAAUUAAAUUUAGGUAUGCGCAGACACUUCACUAACUAAAUGAGCCACAAUUUGAUUGUUAAAGAACAAAUGGGCAUGAUAGGAUAAAUGGAUCCAUUUGUCCUAAAUCACAUUCAUUUCAAAUUGCUAGUUGUGUACUUGAAACAUCUCAUUAUUUAUUUAUUUAGGAGCACUGCCAAUCUCACGAGAUUUUGGCAGGUAACAAAUGACAAAAUUGCAGAAAAAAAAAUGAUGACUGGCAAAAACAUUGAUCGAGGAAAAAAGUGCAUUGAGAAAGCAUGCAUUCAAAAACUGAAGAUGUGCAAUAAGCAUCUCUUCAGACUCUUUGUCUACUAUGAUGCGAGGAAAGCCGUGACAAAGUAAGAAAUAAGAAAAAGAUGUGCAACAAACAUCUCUACAGACUCCUGGUCAGCUACAUCACGAGGAAGGCUGUUCCACUCGUCCAACGUUUGCAGAAAAAAAGGAAAAUUUGAAACAAUUAUUACGGCACUUUCAUUGGAAUAAUUUGCUAUAAGAAUCCUAGUCUACACGCAAUUUCUCUCCAUCAGUGAUGGAGGCCAGCUCUCUGGUCCAAGUUAAUUUUUCUCGGUGUCGGUGGUGUCGCUCGUUUUCGGGUUUCCUUCACAGCCCAAGUAAUAAUGCUGCCUUUUCAAAAUCACUGCCAAGGGGCCGUAACCUCUGCUGAAAACUCAAAGUAUUACAGCAGCCUCAAGGUAAACCGGUCAGUCACAAAGCACCCAUUUCUCCCGGAGGGUGACGCAGUUUUGAGUCAAUAUUUGAAAGCAAGCGAUAAUUUCCAAAUUGACUCGAGCAGGUCUGCAAGUGGCUUUGUUUCCUGUCGUCGUUGAUUUCCUGACGGGGGAGCCCUUGAUGGGAGCGUAAGCUACCUUUUAUUUAUUUUUUUAUUCUUUUCUUGACAUACCUCCCAAGUUGAGAAGAGUUUCCAACGCCUGAAAGCAAUGGGGCGAAAUCCACGUGGAAAUUGGGACUCCAGAUAGAGAGCCUUGCUUCGCUGUUCACCACUGUGAUCUGCAGCUCGUUACUGUUGUGCGUUUUUGUACAGUUUUCAGGUUUAUGCUAGCAGUAUUCUUUCUGCCGUUGUUUAUUCUCUCGAGGAUAUGACAGUGUCUUUGGUACAUUAUUUAUGUGUAGUGUAAAGCUGCUGCUUGUUUACUAAGGUUUGGCGACGAAGUUUGCAAAGCCGAUUUUUCCGGGCUUUGUAUCGCGAGCAUUGGUGUUCCAGCUGUGUGGCCAUGGCGAUGCUCCAGUUGGCUUUUUGGCAUUUCCGCACAAAGCAGUCCCAUCAUUCCAACAGUGCAUGAGGAACCCGUGUAUGAAGAGUCUGUUUUGGCGUUGUUUCCUGCCUAUCGCUAAAUGCACAAAGAUUUUCUUUUGGGGGCCACAUAUCUUGAAUAAAAUGUGUACAAACCA